AUGGUUCUUGAGCAAAUAAAAAGUGAGCUCAAUAAGGCUCAGUAUUUUACCGUCCUUUCAGAUGAGUCUAAAGAUAGAAGCAAAAAAGAGCAGCUUGUUGUUGCAGUCCGUUACUGCUACGAGAAUGCCAUACAUGAGGAAUUUAUUGGCAUUGCUGAGGCGCAAAGUUUAGAUGCAGAUGGUCUUUCAGACACAAUAAUUGAACGAUUGCAACGCAUCGAAGCCAACAUGAAAGCAUGCGUGGGGCAAGGCUACGAUGGAGCUUCUGUUGUUUCUGGUCACCUGAAUGGCGUUCAAAGGAAACUUCCUCUGAAAACCGGUGCUGAAAUGGCUUACUACGUCCAUUGCUUUUGUCAUCGAUUGAACCUUGUGAUCGUCGAUGUUGUGAAAUCAAUCAGUUGUGUGGCAGACAUGAUAUCGCUAUUCAGAAGCCUGCAUUCUUUUCUGAGCAGCAGCACCGUUCAUGUACGAUGGGUAAAGGUCCAAGAGGAUCACAAGGUUCAUGUGAUGGAAAUUGGAAAAGUUUCUGACACGAGAUGGUCUUGCCAGGCGAAGCAAUUCAAUGUUUUCUGGGAGCGGUUGGAUAUCUUGGUGGAAGUCCUGCAGGAUGUGAUUGACACAGAUACGAACCCCGGUCGCAGAACAGAAGCUACUGGUUAUCUUCUGCAGAUUGACAGGAAAUUUGUGAGAUACCUGUUUGCCAUCCGACACGUCUUGAACAAAGCCAAAUUUGCGUCUGACAUGUUGCAGAAACCCUCCAAUGAUUUGAGUCAAGCCAUUGAUCUCAUUGCAACAUUGAAAGAUGAACUGGAUGACUGUCAAAGCAGGGAUAAGAUUCAAGAGUUCUGGGAUACUGCCGAAGAAGCAGCGGAUCGCUUGGAAUUGCCGGAAGAAAAAAGACCACCAAGAAAGAGGGCAACGCCUGCUUCUCUUCGAGAGUUUGUUGUGGAAGCAUCUUCAGAGCCUCAAGUAGCAAGCGGGUUUGAUGGCUACGUACAAAAUGUCAAAGAAAUACUAAACAGAACAACUGCAGAACUUUGCAAGCGGUUUGACGAAAAAAACAUAAAGAUCAUGAAAGGCAUAACUGCAUUGGCCCCCAAGUCGAAAAGCUACUUGGACCCAACAACUCUUGUCAAUUUUGCUGAGCUUUUUCAGUCUGAAAUUGGUGCACUACGCAGUGAAAUUGCCACAUUUAAAUAUAUGCUCUCAAGAAAAGAAGAAAAACACCGCCCAAGCACACUUCUGCAACUAGAGGCACACUUGGAAAAGCUAAAUGAAGCUUUCUUUGAGCUGCACCGGCUUGUAUCCAUCGCAUGCACUUUGCCAGUCUCUUCAGCCGAAUGUGAACGCAGCUUCAGCUCUAUGCGCCUCAUCAAGAGUGAUCUGCGCUCACUUAUGAAGGACGAGCGUCUAGACAGUCUGAUGAUGCUAGGUAUUCAUCGUGCCCGUGGAAGUGCUCUUGACUUGGACUCAGUAGUAGACAGAUUUAAGGCUAAGUUCCCGAAGAGUAGAAUUGCUCUGUGA